GAGGAACAGUACGUGUUAAUUACGAUUUUAUUUUCUGAUUUAUAUAAUCCGAGAGACGUUCCUGUUGGAUAUUUUACAGUUUAUAACCUUACUGUUCGACUGAUAACUUUGUACACUAAAGUGUGCACAGUUGAUGGGCAAGGCAACCUAUAGCUUCAACGAGCUUCGAAAUAGGCGUCAAUCCGUUCGCCUCUACGAAGGCAGGAACUUGAAAAUGUCACACAACGAAAUCUGGGACGACUCUGCCCUUGUGGACUCGUGGAAUGAUGCCCUCGAAGAAUAUAAGCAUUAUCAUUCUCUACAUGCCCGCGGCGAAACAGCUGAAGACGCAAUUGCCAACCAUGAGAAAGAAAGCAACUCGAAAGCUGCCGAACGCAUAACGAAGGAGAAUGGCGCCCCGGAGGAAACAGAAGCCGGAAUGGUAAUGGACGAUUCCGAGGGACCGAGGGUAAGGAAAGGGGAUGAAAACUCGUCAGCCCAGCAAGAGCAUGAGGUGAACGAUAAGGUUUCCCUUGGCGAAGGAGAUGGACAAAGCACUACGAAACCAAACGGUGGCCCUUCCUCAGCACAGCCACCGCUGCCGCAGCAUCUUAUUGGAGCAGUUGGUGACGAAAAUCUGAAGAACCUCUUAAUGUCGUGGUAUUACGCGGGCUACUACACGGGCCUCUAUGAGGGGCAGCAGAAGGUCAAGCCGGCGGAUGAGGGAAAGUAAGGUGCUAAUUACGGCCUAAUUGGUCACAUCGACUGGGAAAGACUGCGAUUCUGGGACGGGACGGGUUUGGGGACAGCCAGGGGUGACAAAAGAUGGCCUGAUCCCAAUACGUGUAAAAGUCCCUGCCUAUGCAUGGCAGGUCCCAAAGAGUGGAUUAUUGAAAAGAAGACCCGCUUGCGCUUUGAGUUGCAUUCUGUCAACCGUACGGAAAGGUGAAGUGCCAUCGAAAUCCAAGCGUUUCAUGACUGGCCAGGGGUACAUCAAUAUUCGGAUUCUUCUGCGAAAGCACGGCGGCAGUUGGCUCCGGCCAAACAUAUACUGUGGCGUUCACGAUUUGGAAAGGCAAUGUCAGGUCAUGGAGAAUACACAAUUAUAGAUUCUUGUACCCAAUGGAACAGAUUAAUAAAAUCUCCAAUAAGAACUCUUCGUCCG